CAGGAAGCCCGUGUCUCUGACAGAGUGACAGACCAUAUUUUUUCUUGAGGAGGAUAUCACUUGCUUCACUUGCAGAGGUUUAGCAAGUUUAAUCUGAGUUUAAAAAAAGCUUGUGUUUGGAGCUCUCGACUGGGAAAAACAUGGGAAACGAGAACUCCAAGAACAAAGAGGCGACCAAGAGUGGGAAAAUAAACGAGAAGCAUAAAAAUGGAUCGGUGAACGGCCUUUCUGCAAACAUCACAUCUAAUGGAUUGGAGAUUGCUGUUAAUGGUGAGACCAUGGUCCAGCAAAAUGGUGAGCCCGUCACUUUAAACCUCACCACAGACUCAACUGAGCCUGAAUUCAUUGUAGUCGAAACAGACUCUAAACCUGCUGAAGCCCCAGUUAUUCCUGAAGUCGCAGAAGCCGUCACCCAGAAGGAAGAGGUGAAGGAAAGUAAUGAAGCUCCAACUGAUGAGACAGCUAACCUAAAGCAAGAAUCAGAAGCAUCAACGGGGCCAGAGAGUGUGACUCCAGACGCGGGGCCAGAGGAAGUAAAAGCUCCUGAAACUGAGAACGGAAACAGUCAACGCGCGGCAGAGGACGGUAACCCAGAGAAGAAUCCAGUUAUGAACUUCUUCAAGACACUAAUGACUCCCAAAAUAAUCAAAAAGGAAGCAGCUACUCCUGAUGCCGCAAAAGACCAGUCCCAGAAGGAGACCCAACCAGCGGCCACCACUACUGUUGCACAAGUAUCUGAGCCGCCCGCACCACCCAAAGGAAUGAAUAUCCCACCACCGCCUCCUCCAGAGCCACCGAAAAUGGAAAUCAAAGGCGAACCGGCUGCCAAACCUGCCAAAGCAUCACCAAAAGAACAACCAAAAGCUGCUGCAAAAACCGAGUCCCCAAAAGUAAAAUCAGCCAAAGCUGCUCUGAGCAAUCUCUUCCGUCCAAAGGUAUUGCUAGGUUUCAAGGCACCGAAAAUCAAGGGCGCUUCAAAAAGUGGAGCCAAAGCCCCGGCCAAGACUGCAGCAGCGACAAUCAAGGAUGACCCACCACAGCCAGAGGUAGCCGUAGAGGUAACACCAGUUGUAGACAUGCAGGUGACACCGGUGGAACAGCCAGAGCCUGUUGUUGUAGAAGUCCAGAGUGAAAAUAAUGUUGAACCUCAGGAGACAGCAGAGGAGGCGGCACAGCCAGUUGUAGAAGAGCAGAUGGUGGAAGAGGUACCACAGCCAGUGGUAGAAGAUGAGAAGGUGGAUCCCUCAAAAGCCGGUACUCUGGAGGCUGCUGCGAAGCCAGAACUGCCACCGCCUGCCGAAGAAGAGAAGAAACCAACCUCAAAAUCCCUCCUUUCUUUCUUCAAGCCUAAAGCUGAUCCCAAGAAGGCGACCCCUGCCCCGGCUGCUGCAGCCGCAGAGACGGCUAAAGCCAAGGAGGAGCCCAAAGCAGCAGCCAAGUCAGCGGAGGCGGCUGUAGACAGCAAACCGGCUUCAGUGGCCCCCCCGGCUGCAGAUGAUGCCAGUGUGCCCAAAAAACAGGAGAAGAGGAACUCCAUCCAGCUGUUUAAAUUUCUGAGUCAGAAACGUAACUCUACAGAUGCCGGUGUCCAGACAGAGCCAGCUGUUGCUGCUCCAGCAGCUGAGAAAGCCAAAUGAAACCAAAACCACCAGUGAAGUUUCCCUGUACAGACUCCCUCUCUGUUUCUGCUCUCACUCAAUCUUUGUAUUUAUCUCUCUCAUCUCCCUUUCAACCCAUAUUGAAAUACUUUAACUACAUUCAUUUGUUUUGUUACCGUUUAGAAGUUGCAAUACGGAAGGAAAAAGUUACAGAAAGGGUAAAAGCAAGUAGUGAGAAGGGAGGGCAAGUAGUUGACCAAGUGGUGAUUUGAAAUGUUUAAAGGUGAGGUAGUUGAGAUAUAUAUUUAUAUAUAUUUUUGGUCAUUUAAAUGUCUUGACAAGUACAGCAAUGUGAGUGUGAGACCUUUUCUACAGACAUUUAACGUGACUUCUCUCUGUUCUAACACACUGUGCUAGUAUGAGUCAGUACCAUGCUUUGCUUUCAGUAAUUAUUACAUCAGAAAUAUUUUUAAAAAAUACACACAGGUUCUAUUUUGCUGUGCAUAUCAGAAAAAUAUAAAAUGACAGUACUUAAUCUAUGUGACAUUAAGAUUAACAGCUCCAAUAAAGAGCUGAUAAGAGGAGCAUGUUCAUAUAACAAACUGCACUUUUUAACUUUAUGUAAGCUAUAUGUAGAUUAAAGCACAUAUCCUAACAGGAUCGGGCCAUAUGGGAAAAUCACAAUCUUUACUGUUCUGUGGGGAACUGAUUGUAAGUGUUACAAAUGCAUCUAAGGUGGCAGAAUGGUGUCGCAGUGCACGUGUGUCCUCGUUGUGCGUUCUGCAGUCGUCAUAAUUCACAGUCGAUUAGCUUUUCAUAUAAUUGCAGCACUUUGUGUCAUGUAAUUUAAUGGAAGUCUUUAUGGUGUUAGUCAUUUGUGUUUGGCAUAUGUGCAAUUAAUAUCUCGCUUUUGUUUGCCUAUAUGUAAGUAUAUGUGUAUGUGUAACUUCAGCUAUCUUGAAGACAAUAAAU